AUGGGAAGUACGAAAAAAAACCUUGCAAAUGUCCUGUUGAAGGCUGUGCUGCGAGCACAGCCGAAAGAAAAGACCUGGAUCGACACAUCUGGACUCACCAUCUCGAUUAUGCUCGAGAGAACAACAUUCCAAGGGAUCGGGUGGAGUGCGGUUGGCCGGGCUGCUGGUGGCGUGGAAGAAGGGAUAACCUGA